CGGCGCCUGGCUACGCCCCCGCGGCGGGGAGCCGGCCCCGCCCGUGGCCGCCGGCGGGGAUUCGAUUGGCUCGGCUCCGCGCUAGCCGCGCCCCCUCUGUGCUCGGAGGGGCCCAACGUGGAGCCCCGCCUGGCUGCUGGCCGUCAUGGCGUCUCCGCUCCGAUUGCGCUCCGCGCUGGCCCUGGUUACAGGUGCGGGCGGCGGCCUUGGCCGCGCCAUCAGCGUGCGCCUCGCCGCCGAGGGGGCCGCCGUAGCCGCUUGCGACCUGGACGGGGCAGCAGCGCGGGAGACGGUGCGGCUGCUGGGAGGGCCGGGGACCGAGGAGGGGGCGCCCCGCGGAGCCCACGCCGCCUUCCAGGCUGAUGUGUCCGAGGCAGGGGCCGCUAGGCGCCUGCUGGAGCAAGUGCAGGCCUGCUUUUCUCGCCCGCCGUCUGUCGUUGUGUCCUGUGCGGGCAUCACCAGGGAUGAAUUUCUACUCCACAUGUCUGAGGACAACUGGGACAAAGUCAUAGCUGUCAACCUCAAGGGCAUCUUUCUAGUCACUCAGGCUGCAGCCCAAGCCCUCGUGUCCAGCGGCUGUCCUGGCUCCAUCAUCAACAUCAGUAGCAUCAUAGGCAAGGUCAGGCUGAGCUGGGAGGAGGUGGGGAACAUGGGACAGACGAACUAUGCAGCAUCCAAGGCUGGAGUGAUUGGGCUGACCCAGUCUGCAGCCCGGGAACUUGGACGACACGGGAUCCGCUGUAACAGUGUCCUCCCAGGAUUCAUUAGAACACCCAUGACCCAGAAAGUGCCGCAGAAAGUGCUGGACAAGAUGUGGCAGAUGUCAUCGCAUUCUUGGCAUCUGAAGACAGUGGAUACAUCACAGGGGCAUCAGUGGAAGUCACUGGAGGUCUUUUCAUGUAACUGCCUCAAGGACCCUGGACUCUGCUCACCCCCCCACUGCUCUGCUGGCCUCCUGCUGAUGAGGACUCGGAGUUCCCAGGCUACAAAAGGGGUGGCUGUGUAUGGCUCAGGAAUGCUGAAUAUGGGAGGCAGGGGUGCUUGUGACCCUAAUAAAUUCCAAAACCUCUUCCCUGCCACCUCCGGUUCUUCUUGUGUCCAAGUCCUCAGACCCUUCCCCACCUCCCCCUCCUUUCCCUUUUGCGAAGGAUUGUUCCCUUUCACUGCCUGGUCUCCCAGGGCAACCCCCGCCGCCGGGUGUGAGAGGCGAGAGUGUGUGUCCCUGUGUGUGCGUGACACUCUGGGUCUUUUGGAGGGAGGGGUCUCUGCCCCACCCCCUGCCACUGAUCCUGUAGCCCUAGUCCCUUCCCCCCAAUUCCCUGGGUCCUUACAGUCCCCAAGGGUGAUUUGUUCACGGUCCCAUCCUGGUGUCCAGUCUAGCCUUGAGAGGGGGUCUUGGAACAGGUGGCCCUCCCCCACCCCUCUCCUUUCUCUGAGUCCCCCCUCCCCUUUCUCCCCACCUUACAAUAGCUGCAGCCGGCCAGGGGUCGGAUGGGGGGAUUAGGGGAGGGGGCCAGGAUUAGGGGAGUGGGCCA